CAGCUGUUUUUCUAAGCCUAAUGCUUUAAGGCGUUAUUAUCGUAACGCAUUGCGGUAAAGAAUGACAGCAAGCGAGCAGCAAUUUAACUGCGAGUCAGCAAAAUGAGAUUCUGUGUAAUUACCAUCAUGUCGUUUGUUUCGUCUCACUUAAUGGUGUCUGUACAAGUUGGUUUUGGCCCUUGCGUAACCAAGAUAAAGAACGGACGAUUUGUCAGUCAAGGUCAUUGCGAGAAAAUUGACGAAGAAGAAAUAAUUGGCCAACUACGUAGAAAUGUGGCAGCGAGAAAAGAGGAGGAAUCUUGUCCAAUAUAUCAGGACAGUAAAUGUUUUUGGCCUGUCAAAGCUGGUGAAAGAACAACAAAUUUUGUUUCUGCCGUUUCCAUUUGCGCCAAAAUCGGACGAAAACUCGCUGAUAUCCAAAGCAAAAAGCAAUAUAGUUCAAUCGUCUCGUACAUCAGUGAAUGGUUGGCAGAAGAGAAAAAAGGAUAUUUGCAUGUCUGGACUGGAAUGAAGUACAAUCUAACGAUAAACAACCUGACGUUGUCUGAUGGUACCAAGGCCAUCUGGUUGUCAGAUUAUCCUAUUCUACCGACUGAAACAAAAGGAAUAAAAGUGGCAAUUAGGGUAUCGAAAAAAGAACCCAUGCACAAAUUUGUUUACCUGGACAAGAUGUACAAAGGCAUGGGAGCCAUUUGCCUGUAAAUUUCAAUGUCUGGAAAAGUUCGACUUUGACUAAAAACUGUGUCGUAAACUGUAAUUUGUUUAAACUGAGAUUUUCUUCAAACUUGUAUAGAUAUAUGCACACAAUUUUUGUCAUUGCUGUUCACAAUUAUUAAUAAUUAUUAUCAACACUAAUUUCUGUUUAGGUUUAGAAAAUGAAAAAAAUAUAGAGUAUAUAACUAUAAAAUUACCUGAGAAAU